AUGGCCCAAUCUGGCACCUCAAGCAGAGUUGGAGUCCACUAUAAAGUUGGGAGCAAGAUUGGCGAAGGGUCUUUUGGCAUUAUCUUUGAGGGCAUCAACCUUCUCAACAACCAACAAGUUGCUAUCAAGUUUGAGCCACGCAAAUGCGACGCUCCUCAAUUGAGAGACGAGUACAGAUCAUAUCGCAUAUUGAACGACGUUCCCGGGGUGCCUAAGGCAUACUUUUUUGGGCAAGAAGGUGUACACAAUAUUUUGGUGAUUGACCUUUUGGGCCCCUCUCUCGAGGACUUGUUCGACUGGUGCGGACGGAGGUUCUCGGUGAAGACAGUGGUUCAAGUGGCCAAGCAGAUGAUCCUGAGAGUACAGGGUAUCCAUGAGCAUAACUUAAUUUAUCGUGAUGUUAAGCCUGACAACUUUCUCAUAGGCAAGCCAGACACUCCCGAGGCCAACAUGGUUUACGUUGUGGACUUUGGAAUGGCCAAACAGUACAGAGAUCCAAAGACGAAAUCCCAUAUUCCGUACCGUGAAAAGAAAGCUCUAAGCGGAACUGCCAGAUACAUGUCCAUCAACACGCAUUUGGGUCGUGAGCAGCUGAGAAGGGACGACUUGGAGUCUCUAGGGCAUGUGUUCAUGUAUUUUCUCAGGGGCCUGUUGCCAUGGCAGGGUCUCAAGGCACCCACUAACAAGCAAAAGUAUGAGCGUAUUGGCAUGAAAAAACAAUCCACGCUGGUGACUGAACUAUGCCAGGGCUAUCCCAUUCAGUUCGCCCAGUAUUUGACUUACGUGAGAAAUCUCAAAUUUGAUGAGGAACCAGAUUACGACUACUUAAUCAACUUAAUGGAUAAAGCACUUGCACUGAUUGAUGAAGUGGAAGAUGGCCAUUACGAUUGGAUGGACUUGAAUGGCGGAAGAGGCUGGGAUGCUGCAUUGAACAAAAAGGCAAACCUCCAUGGCUACGGCAACCCACAUCCCCCACAACAGAGAAGGAAGGCUAAUAACAUUAGCAACAAUGUCACUAAUGUGCUGAUUAAACGCACCGGCGGCCACGACCCUCAAGUUUCUAUUCCACACAAUUCAUCACAACAGCGACUCACCAAAUCACAGUCAUUGAAUCAUCCUAACUACAACUCCAUCACGGAUGAAAAUAGCCGAAGAGCCCAAAGACAGCAGAAUCCACGUGUUGGCCACCAGUACCCUGGCAAUGGAGAUGCACACUCAGAGACGUCAAGCUUUGAGCAAAGAAUGAAAAAUCAGUCGUGGUUUCGAAGAAACUGCUGUUGCUUUUAA